UAUUAGCUAGAAGUUGUUUUUCCAACAGUAGGUUGUUUUGUUCUCAGAUAGCGUUCGUUGUAUGAUGAAUCAUAGAGAACAGUUUUUGAACUCUGUUGGAAACGAUUCUCCGCAAGCUUUCCUUCGUUUUAUAGAACAGCACAACUCAAAGAAUGAUUCAUUUAACAUUGAAGAGGCUUUGCAGACUUUGCCAAAAAAAGAUCACGAAAGGUUGUGGUCCGGUCUCCGUGACAUGACACGCAGACUUUUGUUGACAAAUCCUGUUGGCUCUCGGGAAAAUGAUGACUCUGAAGACGAAGGACCUUCGGAGUGGCCUGUUCUUCUGUCCUACCUGGAAGGGGUCACAACAGUGGGCCUCUGUGCUCUUGUUGUGAUGCCAGAGAAGUCCACACAUGUCCCUUCAGCUUUGUUGGAAACAGCUGCCAUUCUUCAUGGUCUUUUAAUGUCCCUGCCUGAAGGAUCUGAAUCCUUGCAGAAUGAUAUUGCCCAGCUGUGUGAACUUUGGUUUCUCAAUGAACUGGAAGGAAAGGAGGAAUUGAUCACUCAAACUUUCCCAUACCUGAUAAUAAGGAGCCUUGGCCGAGGAUUGGUUUCUGAUGUUAAACGUGUGUGGGGUUUACGCCAGUGUCUUCUUCUGAUGGACUUUGAUGAUGACUCUUCUGAAUCAUUAAAGCAACUACUACAUCAAUGUAUGAUACACCCAACAUACCUCAAGUUGGAGGAGGGACGUCGUUUCUUAAGCUAUUCAUUUGGAUUGAAUCCUGGACUGGCCAAGGAGUUCCAUAAAACGAUAAAAAACCAGAUUCCCUACUGUACUAUGAAUGUCCUGAGUUUGUAUGGUGAAGUUUAUUUUCGUGCCUGGAGAGUUGCUUCUGGAGCUUACUUAAAGGUUUUAGAAGAAAACUGUAUUCAAGACCUGAUGUUUGCUGCUGUCCAUGCACAGCGCACUGGUACUAAGUCAAUGGCAUCAAGACUACGAAAGGUUUUAGAAUACAUUCAUCAGCAAAAGAAGCAAAGAGGAGUUGAUGAAGCUCUUCUAAGGUUGUACCAGCCAAUUAUAUGGAGGGCAUUUAAAGUGGCAAAUCCUAUGGUCAGAGCCAAUGCAGCAGCUCUGUUGACAGAUAUAUUUCCGUUGCAAAAUCCAGAUGCUGGGAAUGAAGAGAUUGAUGAACUUCUACAGAAGCAGUUUGAUAUUCUGAAGGACUUGCUUGGAGAUGCACAUCCUACAGUGAGAGCCACCGCCAUUCAUGGUGUCUGUCGCAUCACCGGGGUAUUCUGGGAGCUUAUUCCGGCUCAUAUCAUCAAGAUGUUUCUAACAAAACUGGUAACAGAAUUGGCUUUUGACACGUCCUCUAGUGCUGUAAGGGUAGCAGUUUUUCAGGGCUUAAAAUUCUUGCUGGACAAUCGUCUCAGUCACCCUCUAUUGAAGCCGUUGCUGAGCAAUUUGCAAGACCUGGUGCAUGAUCAGGCGGAGAGAGUGCGGGUGGUUUUUCUUGAUGUUUUGCUGUUAGUCAAAGGCCUCAAGGCAAUAAAGUUCUGGAAUAUAGUGCCACUAGAACAGUUGCUCGCUCAGUUGGAGGUGGAACAGUCUGCGGCAGUGAUAAGGAGACUUGUCAAACUGCUUGUCAAUUCAUUUCAUCCCACUAACAAGAGUGUUGAUGUACAGGCCACUCGGUGUUCAGCUUUGUGGCAAUCCAAUCCUCUUGCAGCCAGGAAAUUUUAUCAAUAUGUUCACCUACACACAACCAUAUCAGCAACAGGCAAGUUCAUAGCAUUUCUGGGUAACUGCCUGGUGAAGUGUGCAAAAAAUGAACAUGAUGAAAGUCUGUCCUUGGAACCUGUUAGCCAAGCUGAGGACAAGGAGAAUUCUGAGUGCUUGGAGAAACUGGGGACAUAUGAUGUUAACACACUAGCGGGCCUGGCUGAGACAAUAGCCAUCUGUUGGGGAGGUAUCAAGGACAAAUUGGACAAGAGCGCCAACGACGCAACAAGGUCAAAGUUGGUUGAAAAGUUCACAAACGCUCUUCCCAUUCUGUUUGGAGUAUUUAAGCAAACCCGCAUUCAGGCAGCUUGUUUAGUAAUUGCUGGAUUUCUUCCGUCCUCAUCACUGCCCGCCUUUAGCGCCAAGUGUCUUUCAUCUCUAUCCAGCUUGCCUGCCAGCUCACUUAGUUCAGAGUACGGUCCACUGUUGAACUGCCUGUGUUCCUGGGACAGAACCACUGAUGUACUGGAGCUUAUUAAUGACUUGAUAGCUUCUAGAAUGACUGGACAAAGAAAAGAUAUCAAAAUGGGAGAAAAGACACGACACAGAAAGAAAUCUGUUACCUUCCAGCUGCCUCCAGAGAACAAACACAUGUUGGCAUUGGAUUUUCUUUCUUGGAUGAUGGGUGAGCCCACGUGCCGCACAGCAGUGCAGGAGCACCACGACAAAUUACGAAAGAUAGCUGAUAAUUUAAGGCUGAUUAUGGCGAUCAUUGAAUCUCAUCUUACAUCAAUUGACUCAGUACCAGUCCCUUUGUCCGAAAGUGACGUAGAAUUCUUUCAGAAGGCUUUCCAGGCAUACUGUCUGUCAGAAAUCCACUUACACCACAUGGAAAAGAAUGAUGAUCAUGAAGGAGCUUUGACAGCCAUGGAAAACGUGCUUGUCUGGGGUGACAGAGUAUUACUGCCAGUAAUUAAGCAGGACAGGAAAGUUUCUGAUGAAUCGAUGAAAGUAGCUACUGGUGCCAAACGUGUUCGCGAGGAGGAAAAAUUUUGUUGUUUGGUAAUUCACUUAGUAGAGACUAUUUUGAUAUGCCUGAGCGAGAUAUUCAUGCUUCGAAUGGCCGAGAAAAAAUUCUAUAACCAGGCGGCAGUUUUUACAACAUCGGUAGCAAAAAUCGGUUGUAAAGCAGUGGAGUUUUUACCGCAUCUUUCCAAGCUGCUUUAUCAACUUGCUGAGAGCGUGCUUUUGAGUGAUGAAACAGGAAAUGUCACUGUUCAAAGUGGGCCUGUGUCGAUUGUCCUGACAAACAUACUUCAAAUAUUGACUGCUUGUGACAGUACAGAAGUGGAUGUUCUACCACAGGCACUUCUCACUUUUCGUCCCGCCUUGGCUGAAGUUCUCCAGCUUACAGAGCUUGGUCGGAAACGCGGCAGCGGAUCUAAUGCUUGUUUCUUCAAACCACUGGUGUCUGCUGUAUUGACAAACAUCACGCAACAGACGCACGUUGUGGAAGAUGUCACCGAUGCUGUGCCUGAGUUACCCACAUUUGCAAGUUUUAUUGUGAAAAUAAUAACAAGCGCUCAUGCCUUGUUGAGAUCCUUCUCGUUGGAAUUGAAAGAGCAGGUGUUGUCCGGAGCAGUCGAUGAAAACAUUGACCAACAGGGAGCUGUUAUUUCACUUCUGGGCGCCCUUGGAGGAAAAUCUGAGACAAACGUCAUUAAGACUUGCGCUCUUCACAUUGACGAACAGUUAAAGACUUGUGAUCGAGGCGAUUUUGUGGAACAAAGGAAGGACAUUCAACGUGCCCGUUCACAGGUCCAAACAUUUCUCUCCAAGUUACAAAUUGUGACAUAGAAGGUUAAAACAGAGGGCUAAUGUAACAGACUUUUUUAGGUAGUCUAUUGUGUCAAAAUUAGUAUUUGACUCGUUUUUGUUAUGGAGCAUGUUAUUUGAAAGGAAAGUGUUUUUUAGCGUUUUUCGACUGUAUACACGUGGCUCGUACUUGUUCUCUUGGAGGAAAUUGCGAUCUGAGAAACAACUUUAGCUACGUUUUUGGCGCAUUAGUUUGUUAUGAUGAACUUCAGACAAAUGUUGAAAUUCUGUCAUAAAAUACUUUCAAACUGGACAGGUUUGUAACAAAAAUAUGAAUUCUGCCUCUGUUAUCAGUUCCUCCCCUCAUAGCUUUGUUUGUGGGUCGGCUGGUUGGUGUAAUUACUCACAUUUCCGGAAAAUAUUUUUCAUCAGUGGUACGAUUCUUCUUUGAAUCCAUUUUAGGCCCAUAUACUCCACGCAGGAUAAAUUUAAAAACGCAGCACCAUGAGAGGACUAGUUAUUUUUCGUCCUCAUUACCAAGGCAGGAACCCCUGAUUGCAUUCUUGGAAAUGCGUCGACUAGAGUCCGAUUCUAGACACUUGCGUCUGGCUUUGGGCGAUAGUGUUUGAUAUAAGACACCAGUGUCCGAUGCUAGAAACUAGUGUACGAUUUUGGAUUCUAGAUACCAAAUGGACAUAACCUGGUACUUUUCAUAGAAAAACUGUACUCUCCAAUCUGUCAUAUUUAGAACUAAGCAGGAGUUCCACCCCACAAUAUUUAGACAUGGGACUCAGACAAAGCUUUCGAGUGCAAUGAUUAGUUUAUUGGGGUAGUUUCACGCGACCUUUAAAAAGUCGAAAGCGUCACAACGUAACGGCUUCCUGGUCUGAAAAUUCUGGUUACAACAAAAAUCAAGUGAGCCGUGAAAGUGAAAGUGAGCCGUGAAAGUGUGAACACGAGUUAACCCUUAAACUCCCAUGAGUGACCAAGACAGAAUUUCUCCCUACAAUAUCAAUACAAUAUCAAGAAGACAAGUGAUGAGAAUAAACAAACAUAUCGAUCAAGGGACUCUUAGUUGAUCCAAUAUCAAAUUCUCUGAACCAACUCUAUAAAAAUUGUAUGGCAGAUAAUGAGGAGCAUUACUAAUGAGAUCUUGGGAGUGAAUGGGUUAAUAGACCCUCCUCAAAUUGGCGACUGGAAACAAAGACCAAUGAUAAAAACUGCACUACGAGGUCAAUAAAAUAAAAACAAAACAAAAAAACGACAACAAAAGCAUUCCCCAUGGGAUUAUUUUCCGAAGAUUUGUCAAAAUAAAUUGUUAUUUCAUCCAAGAAAUCUUAAUUAUAAUUCAAACGAUAUGAAAAAAACAAACAAGAACA